CCAUAAAACUGAACUGUGGAGCUUCACCUUCGUCAUUCUAAUAACAACAUCAUCAUCAUCAUCAUCAUCAAGAUAAUAAAACCUCAACCCUUUCAUUCAUACCUCUCAAAGGUACCUAAUUAACUAUAUUUCGAAUUUGUUAAGGAUUCAUUAUUUGGACGGUUGUGAUUCUAAUCGAAUAUCGACACUUGUACAGCUAUGAUUUCAUGCGGCCAUCCCUAGUUAUAUAUCUUUUCUAUUAGCAAAUCACAGCAUUUUGCAACUCUCUCUCUCUCUCUCUCUCUCUCUCUCCACAGAUCUGUCUGUCUAAUCUAAUCUUAGUCCUCUCUCUACAAAACCCUCUCUCUCUCUCUGCAAGAAACCGUUUUUAUUUACAACUCAAAAACCCAAAAACACACGCAGUCAUAUACAUCAUAAACCCUAAAAAUCUCUGGGUUUAGACCAUACUAUUUAUUGUUGGAUCUCUACAAAGUAUAAGGAAAAAAAAAGACUUCAGCUUGUUGUAUUCAUCUACUUAUUUGAACGCUUUUGCCGUGCAAAAGCGAACAUCUUUUAUUGUUUUGUAAUAAUGGGUAGUCCAUAUCCGGGACCUGUUAGUGCUGUUCAGGUGGGAUCGUAUUUUGUAGGACAGUACUAUCAGGUGCUUCAACAACAUCCUGAUCUUGUUCAUCAAUUUUAUGCGGAUGGCAGUUCUAUGAUUCGUGUUGAUGGUGACUCCACCGACUCCGCUUCUUCAAUGCUGCAAAUCCAUACUCUUGUCAUGUCCCUAAAUUUUACUGCAAUUGAGAUUAAGACUAUCAAUUCUCUGGAGUCAUGGAACGGAGGUGUCAUGGUGAUGGUAUCUGGUUCAGUUAAAAACAAGGAUUUCAGUGGCAGGAGGAAAUUUGUGCAGAGCUUUUUCCUGGCUCCUCAGGAGAAGGGAUACUUUGUUCUUAAUGAUAUCUUCCAGUUCAUCGAUGAAGAAAUCAUCUACCAGCAACAUCAAACUCCUAUCUCAUCUGAAAAUGUAUACCAGCAACAUUCAGCUCCCAUAUCUUCUGAGGACAUUCAUGAUACACAACUGAAUUCUUCUAGCACUCUUCCCGAGCCUCCAGUUUCUGACUAUGUUUUGGAAGAAGAAGCCAGGGAGUAUGUGAAUUCAGUUCAUAUAGAAGAUGAUCCAGUGGACAAGUACAGUCUUCCAGAGCAACAGCAGCAACAAGACUUUGAGACUGAAAUCGUAGUCGAAGAAGCUCCUGUUGAGGAGACACCUGCUUCAUUUCAAGGUGCUGUGACUAUUGUGCAAGAUCCCACUCCUACAGCUGCCGCUCUGGAGGAACCUACAGAAGAAGCUCCAAAGAAAACUUGGGCUUCUAUUUUACGGGUUUCUAAGGGACCGUCAUCAGUUGUUACUCAGCCACCUGUUAACAAAAGCCCCCCAGCUACUUCCGAUUGGAAUCAUAUACAAGAGUCCACAUCUCAGCAACCGGACUCUGGGUUGUCUUAUGUGCCUGAAUCUGGAUUUGAAACAACAGACAACUUGGGAGUAGAUGAAGGGGAACCAAAAUCUGUCUAUGUUAGAAACUUGCCCUCUGAUAUUACUGCUGCAGAGAUUGAGGAAGAAUUUAGAAACUUUGGCAGAAUCAAGCCUGAUGGUGUAUUCAUAAGGAAUCGAAAGGAUGUUAUUGGAGUUUGCUAUGCUUUCGUUGAGUUUGAAGACCUCACCAGUGUUCAAAAUGCAAUCCAGGCAUCUCCAAUACAAUUGGCUGGAAGGCAGGUCUACAUUGAGGAGCGAAGACCAAACAGUGGCAUUGCUUCUAGAGGUGGAGGCCGAGGUGGAAGGGGAAGAGGCCGAGGUGGUUACCAAGCAGAUGCACCAAGGGGGCGUUUUGGUUCCCGUAGCUCCUCGGGCAGGGGAACCAAUCAAGAUGCUGGUGACUACACCAGAGCAAGAGGCAAUGGUUUCUAUCAACGGACUACACGAUAGGAGAAAGGCUCUUGACAAAGCGUGCGGAGGCAGGAACUACUCAGGCCUAAACCUGAUUUUUUUGAUCUAAAGUAAAAGUAUUAAGAGGGCUUUCAAGUGACUGAUAUUCCUGGUCGAACAUUUUGCUUUCAACGUGUACUUUUUGAGGUGUGCUGUUACAGAUGGUGUUAGAGAUAUCCCGUUGUUUAAUGCUUACUGCUUCCGAAGGGUAUAGUUGCAUUUCAUACCAUACCCCCUUGAAUGGUUUUUAUAUGCAAAUUCAAGCGGGAGAUUUUGGGCAAUGUAAGCCCUAUGUUGUGAGGGAAUGUGAUGAUAUGUGGUUUUAUGGGUGGGUUUAUACAAAGGCUCAAUUUUGAACCUUA